AUGCCAACCGCCCCCAAUUCAAAGCACAAAGCAGCUGUUUUACUGAUUGACAACUAUUUCGACCGUAUUCAUUGGUUCAUUCUUCUUUUUCACCAGCGUGAAUUCCGAGAUAAAUUUUGUUGUAUCUACACCCCUGAUCCGGGUGAACCCAAGCGGUCGACCACUCGACCAAGAGCCCGCCUAGGAGACAUUGCUGUGCUUUUGGCAGUUAUGGUGACUAGUCUCAAAUACACCAAUGACUCACAGAAAGAUCUAUUAGCCGUGAGUGGUGUCGAUGCGGAGCAACUCAGAAAUAGGAUACUCAUGGCUUUACGACUAAGACUUCUGGACAUCUUAUCCGUCGGCACAAUAGAGGUGGUACAGACUCUUGUUUUGCUGGGCAGUUACUAUCUGUUCCAUGGAGAGCCCGAACUCGCCUGGCCUCUUUGUGGAUGUGCCUUGCGAAUCGCCCAGGCACUCAACUUACACCGAAAGCUCCCACCUAGAGGGCCCGCUGAUUCGGUUCUCAAGCCGAGCAACGCAGCUCGGAAGCGCUGUUGGUGGGCUGUCUAUGACAUCGAAACAUUCUGCUCUAUGCUCUAUGGAUUUCCACUGAGCAUAUCGGAUGCGGACUGCGAUGUGGAUCCUCUUGACCUUUAUGACGAAUUAUCGGCGUCUGGAAUUCAAGAAGAUGAUCCAUCACAACCUACUCUUCUUUAUUACAAAUGUGCAAUGUCGACUUUAUCUGCUUUGGUCAAAUCGACUUUAGUCGAUUUAUAUGGAACUCGCCGCCAACGAGACCCACAAGAUGAUUCCAUCCUGGAUCAUGCAUCCCGGCUGUCCAGUCUAGUGAAAAAGGUCGAAGCAUUAAGCUCAAGGUUGAAUGACUGGCACGCCAACUUGCCCGAAAAGCUUCGGCUUGGAAAACUUGAUUCUAACACGGCUACAAGACAAGAUCCAAAAGAUAUCUCACGGCUUCCCUUCGAAGACCAACUUUUCCAACUCCAAGCACUUACACUCAAACUUGGGUUCGAGAAUUCUAAGAUACUUAUACAUCGCCCACUCCUCUCGUUCAAAAUAAUUACUCCUCCCCACCCACCCCAUUCAGAUUCAAAUUCAAAUCGUCGAGUCGAUCCUUUCUCCUUGGCAACCGAGACCUGCCGCGAAUCUGCUUUGCAGAUAUCGUUGAUUGGACUGUGUCCUAUUGUAAGACAUGCGGCUGACACUUACGCCGCUGCGUUUAUGUCGUUACAUCUUUUCACGGCCGCGGUGACAAUCUGCAUAAUAAAUAGCCUCGAUCCGCUCAACCCAAAAUCGCAUGAAUGUAAAUUGGGCAUUCGACGAUUGAUGGAGAUGCAGACACUGCUGAAAGACAAGUCGAUUGUCGCCUCGCAGGGUCUGGAAAUCACCAAACAGUUAAUGUCGCUAGCUCUUGCAAAGGAGAUCGAUGCGAUGUUUGAUGUUUCCUGUCCUCCAGUCAACCCUUCGGCCGGAAGGCCUUCCACGAAUAGCGCGGCUCAGGUCUCUGUUCCUGAAAGCAAAUCAACACAAACAGAGAUUCCACCAAGUGCCGACCCUAUAAUCGUGCCAGAUCAUACCACAUCGUCUUCAAAAACACCUAAAACGCAGGAAAGUAUUUCGACUGAAGUUGAUCCUUGUAUAUUCGAACCUGCAAGCUUUGAAUUCGGUGAAAACCCUAGCAUGACUGAAGCGCUGCUUGACUUUGGACAGGUAAUCAACCUACCAACAAAUCAAAACAUGUCCAAUGAUGGAGUGAGCGAGCUGGACGCAGUGGAUGAGGCCCAAGAGAAUUACUUCGUUGGUCAAGAUCAAGGGUGGAUCUGGGGGUGGGGAAUGUGA